AAUUAGAAAUUUUAAAGAUAAAGUAUUGUGAUAAGAACAGGAAAAGAUAAAAUCAACUUUUUAAAGAGACGCUGUUGCUUUUUCGAGUUUAGUUUUAUUGCUGAUCAGUUUGAAUCCAUUGUUGAGUUAUCUUCAAUACUUUGCAUUUUCAGAGCGAAGAACGUUAAUUUUUUGUGCCGUGAUGUCAUCUUUUGAUAGUGAUGAAGAAAAUGCAAUAGAAAAGACAAAGAAGGAUUCCAAAGUAAACAAGGAUCAGGAAGCAAAGCUAGAAGAUGAUUUGAAAUUACUUCAAGUGAAAGAAACGAAUAGCAAUUCUCAUUCUUCCACAACUGAGAAAGGAAUUACUGUUAAAAAGAAAUCUACGGCCGAUAACCUCAGUCAUGAAGAAUCAAUUAGAAACAUAGAAAGACCUGAACCAUCAUUUAGAGACACAUUUCUUGCAAAUAAAAUUUCUUCAAAGCAAAAUACUCAUAAUAUAAGAUCAACUACUGAAGCGGUUAAUUUAGGAGCUGAAGCAACAAAUUGGAGGAGUUUACGAAACCCUAAUCCAAAGGAAAAGAAAGAAUCUAUUUCCGUUUCAAGUUCUUUAAGUUGGAGAGACCCCCACUUUAAAUAUGAAAGAUUGAAACAAAAUGAUAGUUCUGAGUCCAGAAAGCGGUGGAACGAUGAUAUAAGAGAAAAUCAAUCUAGAUCAUUUGAAAACAGAUCGACAUAUCUUACAAAUAGAGAUAAAUCAAACAGAGGCAACUGGACUAUUUCUUGUGCUCCUGAUAUUGUACUUGAUAAUGGAUUAACGGAAAUAGAACACGUUCAGAUGUGUGUGAAUGAACUUCAUGAACAAAAUGCGGAGUUGUUUGCUACUCGUCAUCCUAAAGUGUUUCAGAAACCCAAUGGAACUAUUUGCAUUAACUGUUACACUUCUAAUUAUGAAGAUAAAGUACACGUUGCUAAAGUUGCAGAUAUAUUGGUUGAAAAAAUCGGGUAUUAUCCAUAUUGUUUUUUAUAUUUUCAAGAAAAAAAGCCUUUGUACAUGAGGACGUGUGAAAAAGAGUUCUAUGAAUAUAUUGAAAAUAAUUGGAAAUUAAUUGAUUUCAAUGAGUGAGUUUUGCUGGUAUUGAACUUUAAUUGCAACAUAAUAAUUAUUAUUCUAAACAUUUAUAAUUAUAUUUAAUUAACAUUUAUAAUUAUAUUUAAUUGACAUUUAUAAUUAUAGCAGAAUAAUAAUUAUAAACAUUUCUUUAAAUAUGUUCAAAGACUAUUGAAUAUAAGAAUGCAUCUAAUUUUGAAUAAUUUAUUUUUUAAGGAGUUCCAAUUUUGAAAUACAUUUGUUGAAAAUGAAUUCUUAUUACUUCUAGCCAGAAUACGGUUUUCAGUUAAAAAUACUGAGUUAUUUUGUAACUUAAUCAUAAUAUAAAUUUUUUUUUAUUGUUUUUGUUACUUUAAUACCUGUUAAAAAGGAAUAUAAAACCAUUUUAACAGAUCUUUAAAGUAUUAUCUAAUCUCGAGUUUUCUAAGCAUAUUUUCAUGCUUUAUUUAUAAAAAAUAAAACUCAUUUUCCAAUGAAAUUUCACAUAAUUUUAGGUG